AUGGAGAGAAUUAUUAUUUUGAUAUUACCUUUAGUGCUAUAUAUUGCACAAUGUCAAGGAGAGAAUGAUGAAGAUACAAUAUUGUCGGCAGUUUUAACACCAGAUAAAAAUUUAAUUCGACAAGAGCGAAGUUAUUACGAAAGAUAUGGCCGUCCAUAUGAUAGAUUAGAAGAUAGACCAUCAAGAUGUGGUCGGUGUGAUGAUGACGACGACGAUGAUGACUAUGAUAGAGGUCGUGAUAGAGAUGAUGACAAGAGAUCUAACAGACCAACUUAUGGUGGUCGGCGUGACAAAAAUAAAAAUUACGAUGAUGACGAGAGGAGGUACGAUAAUGACAGAAAUAAAGGCAACAAGAACGGAACCGAUGAUGAUAGUGAUGACAAAAAACGGCCAUAUGAUGAUGACAAAGACAGAGAUAGGCAUAGCAGUAGGAAAAAGCACAGAAACCGCUAUGAUGAUCGGGAUAGAUAUAGACCUGAUUAUUAUGAUAGGUUCUUGCGAGACCCGUAUAGGGAUAGAUAUGAUAGGGAUAGAUACGAUGAUCCUUAUUCCAGACGGCCGUACAGUAGAUAUCCGGAUAGAUAUGAUGACUAUGGAAGAUAUGACGGAUACGCGUAUACAGGAUACAGAAGACCAAGUUACGAUGAUCGAUACGAUAGAGGCACUGGUUAUGAUGACUCAUUUGGCGGAUAUGGACCGAGAGUAGAUCGAGGACCUCAUGAUAGUUUCAGGCCAUGGGAUGAGACUUAUCGAGGUCAAUCUGGCUGGGACACUAGUGGUAGGGGCUAUUACUUCGCGUCUGGAAGACCAGACGCUAGCGCGUGGGGACAGCGUGAAUAUUCUAGACCGGCAUCUGGUGGUUGGCAGGACGUUGGCUACAGUGGAUACUCUAACGGAUACGCUGGCUACAACACUAACCCCGGAUAUAAUAAUGCCGGAUACAGAGCCUCUAGCGGAUACGGUUAUCAGGACAUAAACGCGGGAUAUGGACAGUCUAGCGGAUGGCGAAAUGUUGGAGAGAGAAGACCUUAUAGAGAUCAGAGUGGAGUAGCAAAUCUUGAUAGAAAACCUCAAGCUCAAGACAACCGUUACGGACAAAGCCAACAUGGACAAAUAAUAACUUACCAACCUGGAACAUACUCGUAUACUCAAAGCAGCACUACACCAGCCAGUAGUUAUUUGUUCCAGAGGGAAGACGAAAUAGUUACACAAGAAACGACUCUACCGCCAUCU